ACUAGUAUUAGGCAUCAAAUAGCAAGAGAAAAUCUAGCAGAUUUUUAUGAUUCAGCCAUCCAGAUUCCUGUUCAUUAGUCUUGUACUGGCACAAGUGAAGCCUUCUUGUGGACAUUGGUCUUUAAGAUGGACCACUUUUUUAAAUUGCUAAAGAAAUUUGCACAAAUAAGCAUCCAGAAACCACAUGGCUGGAGCACAGUUUGUGCAUAGUCAGCCAAUUUUUACAAAUCACACUGGAGCCACAUGGGUUUCAGCUGCUUAUUUCUAUAAAUCAGACAUUUCUGUGUUAGUGCUAGGUACCCAUGUCAGGUACAUAUUUGUGAAAAUUUAAAUGGUGAUUAAAAUAUUCACAAAUAGUUCUUAAAGAUGGGAUUCAAAUAAGCUAUAUUUGUUUCUCAAAGUCACUUGAGUGACUUGUUCAACAAAGUACACAUGUACAUGAAGCAACUCUGUUGUCAUACUUGCGGUUCACAAGCUUGUUUGCUGAAAUAUAUACAGAAACCAAAAGUGAUCAGGGAUGAGUUUUAGCUUCUUACCUACUUCACAGACAAAGAUGUCAGCAUUGUCUUCCAGCACCUCUCAUUAGAAAAGAGCAGGUAGCAGGUGAUGGGAAGGACCUCUGCCUGAGACAUGCCUGAUCUAAACCAAUGCUAGUCAGAGAAGACAGAUACUGGGCUGGAUGGCCAAAAAACCAGCACGGGGAUAUGGCAGCUCCAUUAUUUAACUUGUAUUAUGUGAAGAGUCUCUUGUAGCUCUAUUAACAUGCUGAUGGAAUAAAAUAAUAGGUGUUUUCCUUAGGAAGUCUGAUUUAACAAAGUGAUUGUUUUAGAAGGUCAUGUGGUUUUGAAAGGUUGAUUAGAAAAGCUUUAUGUCAGCAUAUUACAACCUGUUCUUGCAUGUAUUAACAGGCUAUAGUUAGUAGAUUCAGUUCAGAUUAAGCAUUUCUAUCAGCCUUUGCAUAAUUUCACACUAAUAACAAUGGCUGUCCUACAUUAGCUGUUCAGUUGCACAAUAAAUCACUUGUUUCAUUUGUGUCCUCUGUUUCUAGUAACUCACUAGAUAAUGUUAUGUGUAGACCUUGAGACUAUCAUUAGUUUUCAUUUUCUUUCAUUGACACAGACACAACUUAGUCUUCUGCAGAGAAAUGUUGUGAUAUGACUGUAAUAGCUUGUAACAGUUUAUGACUUGGGAAUGUACUGUCUUUGGUUAAGGUUAAAAAAACAUUUUCAUUCUGAAUUGCUGGAUAUUCUUCUGCCCAAUUUUCUGUUAAACAGACAUCUAUAUCACCUUCUCAGCCUUCAAAAAUAUCAGUGGUUUGAUUUUUGCUUCUUUAUAUGUUUGAAAAUUUGGUUAAAAAUGGUGUUGGUAAAAACAGCUUCUUGCAGAGAUUUAAGGAAAGGAUGACAUAAUACAUCAAGUCCAGUACUGAAAUUUUCUCUUUCUCCUUAGUUCUACUGUGAUGUUUCAUUUUCAUCAAAAUAUCUAAAUUAAUAGCUAAAUAUUAAAUUUAAAUUAUUUAAAUGAAUAUGUCAUAAUAUAAUAAAAACAGUAUUCUUUUCGGUACUUUUCUUUUGGAAUCGGUGUUCUUUUGGAAGCACAGUUUAAGAAAUUCACUCCACUCCAGAAUAUACUCUGGCUUUUAAACAUUCUGAUUUUAAACACUAUUUUUAAAACAUUUCCAGCAUGCUUCUUUCAUGUCUUAUGAAUGAAGGGGUUGUGCAAAAUCUACAUAUUGUUUUGUCUUUUACACAUAAACUGUAGUGGAAUCGAGGGGUAUCCUGGUGUCACAGAUGCAAGGGUUUGGCCAAUAUUUCAAAUGAUAAGGAUUGAUAUAUUAGUAGUACAGUGAUCUGAAUUCUUUACAUUUAGCUUUUCCAUCUGCUGUUCUAUUAGAAAUGGAUCUGUUCUUUGCAUGUUGAGAUUAAUGCUUCUGCACUGUUUAAACAUAAAAAAGGACUAAAAAUGCCACUGUUACUGUUGUGUUGCUGCCCUAGGUAGGGAUUGGAUAUAGAAAGGACCAGCAGAUUUUUACGUCAUGUAUACUUUCCACAUGAUGUACUCUUACCCAUGUGGGAACUGUCAAAAAUGAAUUGUGUAUUCAAAAAUUUAGAAAAUAAAAGCAUGCAUAACAUCUGAGGCUGUUUUUAAAAGGGUUUUCCAUAGUUGGUGCAAUUACUGUGUCACCACCUCUGCUAUUACUAAAGGAGAUGUCUCAUAUUUAUGAAAAUGGAAAGUAGCAGAAAUAGGAUUAAGUAUUUCAUACUGUUGUAUAAUUUAUUGGACAGUUGUUUAAAACUUUUGUUGUUACUACAUGUUCUCCAGUAAUCUACAAAUUAUGGUGACCCUGUGAAUGAAAGCUCUCCAAAAUGUCCUAUCCAUGACAUCCCUGCUUCGCUGUUGUCAAUUCAAGGCUGUGGCUUUCUUUAUGGAAUUGAGCCUUCUCAUAGUUGUUCUAUUUCACUUCUUCUGCCUUCAACUUUCCCUAGCAUGAUUGCAUUUCUCCAGUGAGUCUUGCCUCCUUAUGAUGUGCUCAAAGUGCAACAAUUUUUGCUUCCAGAGAAAGCUCUGGAUUUAUUUGAUCUAGGACCACAUGUUCAUCUUUCUGCCAGUCGAGGGUAUUCGCAAAGUGCUCCUCUAACACUAUGUUUUGGAUGCAAGCAUUUUCUACUGUGAGUGUUCUUUACUGUCUAGCUUUCACACCCAUGCAUAGUGAUGGAGAAAACAAUAUUGUGAAUAAUUUUGGCCUUGAUUGCAGGGAAAAUGUACUUAUGGUUAUCUUUUCUAGCACUUCAUUGCUGCUCUUCCAAGUCUGAGUCUUUUUCCAUUUUUUUUUGGCUGAAUUCUCCCUUUGUAUUGAUAACUGAGCCAAGGUAUUCACAAAAUCUUUCACAGUUUCAGUUUCUUCAUUGACAGUAGUUCUAUACUUUUUCAGUGGCCAUAAGUUUUGUUUUCUUAACGUUCAGCUGCAGUCCUCCAUUUGCACUUCCUUCUUUUAGUUUUAUCAGGAGUCAUUUCAAUUCAUUGCUGCUUUCUGCCGGUAAAAUGGUAUCAUCUGCAUAUCUUAAAUUAUUAAUGUAUCUUCUGCCAAUUUUCAUGCCUUCUUCCUCUGAGCCUAAUCCAGUUCUCCUUAUAAUAUGUUAUGCGUACAGAUUGAACUGAUACAGAGAUAAGAUAAUGUCUAAUGCCUUUGCCUAUAGGAAACCAUUCUGAUUGUCCAUAUUCUGGCCUAACAAAUGCAGUUUACAAUCAAAUACUGAAACACACUUACUUCUUUCAGAACCAUCCCUAGCUUCUCCCGAUCCACGGAGUCAAAGGCAGUGCUGCAGUCUAUAAAGCAUAGACUGAUCUGAAUGUUUUUUGAGUGGUGCAUUAGUCACCAUGUAUUUGCAAUAAGAUCUUGAGUACUUCUUUUGUUUCAAAUCCAGCCUGAACAUCAGGCAUUUCCUGCUCUAUGGAGAGUAAAAAUUUUUGUUGUAAUACCAUAGGCAUAUUUUUGUUUGCAUGGGAAAUUUGUGCAAUGUUCCUAUAGUUCCUGUAGCCUUUUCCAUCCCUUUUCUUGGGGACUGGAAUAUAUAGUGAAUGUUUCUAGUCUGUGAACCAUUGUUUUGUUCUCCUUAAUUGUUUACAUAUUAUUGUUAGGAUUUGGACAUAUUCAGCUUUUAAUACUUCUACACUUUCUACUCUGGGUUCUUUAUUUUUUCCAAAAGCUUUCAGAGUAGCGUUCACGUUACUUUCUGAUAUUGCAGGUUGGUCAUAGGAUUCCUUUUCAAAGAAGUUUGUCAUCAGUUUUUUGCUUAUGCAUUGUUCUUCUAUAUAUUGUUUUCACAGUCUUUUUAUUUUAUCAGGUAAUGCAUUCCCUGUUGGUCUUUCAUCAUUCCUAAUCUAGCCUUGAAUUUCCCUUUGAUUUCCUGGAUCUUCUGGAAGAGGUGUAUUGGUUCUCCUCCUUCCUUUCUAUUUCCUUGCAGUGGCCAUUGUAAUAAUUCUUUUUGCCUUACUUGAUAGUUCCUGAAAAAUUGCAAUCAGGAUUCUGAAUAUUUCAGAACUUUACUUCUGUCACCUUCUGCUUCUGCUUCUUACCUGUUCAUGGCAAUUGCAAGUUUGUUGGCUGACAGCUUUCUAGGGGCACAACUUCCCCUCCCUUUCUUUCCCCAUCUAUGUGUACAUCUUCUGGAAGAGGUGUAUUGGUUUUUCUCUUUUGUUCGUCUUCUGAUUGUAAGAUUUAAAAGCUGUGAAGGAAGCAGAAAAGUCCACUUUGAAAGCAGUGCACCAGCAGAUUUUAGAGUGGGUGAAGAUGGUGUAGUGUAUGCAGCUAGAAGCUUUCAGCUUUCUCCAGGACCUGCAGAAUUCCUACUGUAUGCUAAUGAUAAAGAAACUGAGGAACAGUGGCAAGUGGCAGUGAAACUAGCUCUGGAGCCAGAAGAUUCAGUGAUGGAGCGAAAGCAAAUGGAAGACAUUGUAUUUCCAAGAUGGCAAAAUAAGUACGGUGGACAUUUACAGAGGCAGAAGCGAGACUGGGUCAUCCCUCCAAUCAACUUGCCGGAAAACUCCAGAGGGCCUUUUCCUCAGGAAUUAGUUAGGAUCAGAUCAGAUCGUGACAAAAGCCUUUCCCUGCGAUACAGCGUUACUGGGCCUGGGGCUGAUCAGCCCCCAACAGGCAUUUUUAUCAUCAAUCCCAUCUCAGGUCAGCUGUCAGUGACAAAACCAUUAGAUCGGGAACAAAUAGCUUCUUUUCACCUGAGGGCACAUGCUGUGGAUGUAAAUGGAAACCAGGUGGAAAAUCCCAUUGACAUUGUUAUUAAUGUCAUUGAUAUGAAUGACAAUAGACCCGAGUUCUUACACCAGGUUUGGAAUGGGACAGUCCCUGAAGGAUCAAAGCCAGGGACCUAUGUAAUGACUGUCACUGCAAUUGAUGCUGACGACCCGAAUGUACAGAAUGGAAUGCUAAGAUAUAGAAUCUUGUCACAAGCCCCAAGCACCCCUUCCCCAAACAUGUUUACAAUCAACAAUGAAACUGGUGAUAUUAUCACAGUUGCUGCUGGACUUGACAGAGAGAAAGUACAACAGUAUACAUUAAUAAUUCAAGCAACAGACAUGGAAGGAAAUCCAACAUAUGGUCUUUCAAACACAGCAACUGCCGUCAUCACAGUGACAGAUGUCAAUGACAAUCCUCCAGAGUUCACUGCCAUGAUUUUCUAUGGUGAAGUCCCUGAAAAUAGAGUGGAUGUUAUAGUUGCUAAUCUGACUGUGACUGAUAAGGAUCAGCCACACACUCCUGCCUGGAAUGCAAUGUACCGAAUGACUAGUGGUGAUCCCACAGGCCGGUUUACCAUUCUCACUGAUCCAAACAGCAAUGAUGGAUUGGUAACUGUUGUGAAGCCUAUUGAUUUUGAGACCAAUAGGUUGUUUGUACUGAUAGUAGCUGCAGAAAACCAAGUGCCUUUGGCAAAAGGAAUUCAGCAUCCGCCUCAAUCAACAGCAACUGUAUCCAUUACAGUUAUUGAUGUGAACGAGAGCCCAAUUUUUGUCCCAGCCACAAAGCCUGUGCGACAGGAGGAAGGGCUGCCUGCUGGUAAUGUCUUAACAACUUUCACUGCUCAGGACCCAGAUCGUUACAUGCAGCUGACUACUCUAAGAUAUUCAAAACUCUCAGAUCCUGCAAACUGGCUGAAGAUUGAUCCCAUUAAUGGUCAGAUAACAACAAUUGGUGUUCUAGACAGGGAGUCACCACAUGUUAAAAAUAACAUGUAUAAUGCUACUUUCCUUGCGUCAGACAAUGGAAUCCCUCCAAUGAGUGGGACUGGCACACUUCAGAUAUAUCUGCUUGACAUCAAUGAUAAUGCUCCCCGUGUGGAUCCUCAAGAAGCUACAACCUGUGAAACUCUACAGCCCAAUGCAACAAACAUAACAGCAAUAGAUGAUGACAUUGACCCAAAUGCUGGACCCUUUGCCUUUGAACUGCCAAAUACUCCUCCCAGCAUUAAGAGAAACUGGACCAUUAUUCGUAUUAGUGGCGACCGUGCCCAACUAGCUUUAAAGCUCAAGUUCCUUGAAGCCGGAAUCUAUGAUGUUCCAAUAAUAAUAACAGAUUCUGGAAAUCCUCCUAAAUCCAGCACUUCUAUUCUAAAAGUGAAGGUUUGCCAGUGUGAUUUAAAUGGAGACUGUACAGAUGCAGACAGGAUUGUAGGUGCAGGACUGGGCACAGGUGCCAUCAUUGCAAUUCUUCUCUGCAUCAUCAUAUUACUCAUUCUAGUACUCAUGUUUGUGGUUUGGAUGAAACGUCGUGAUAAGGAACGUCAGGCCAAACAGUUGCUCAUUGAUCCUGAAGAUGAUGUAAGAGACAAUAUCCUGAAGUAUGAUGAAGAAGGUGGUGGAGAAGAAGACCAGGACUAUGACUUAAGUCAGCUGCAGCAGCCUGACACUAUAGAACCAGAUACAAUCAAACCUGGUGGAAUAAGACGACUUGAUGAAAGACCCAUCCAUGCAGAACCUCAGUAUCCGGUCAGAUCAGCUGCUCCUCAUCCUGGGGACAUUGGGGACUUUAUUAAUGAGGGACUUAAAGCGGCAGAUAAUGACCCUACAGCCCCUCCUUAUGACUCCCUGCUAGUAUUUGACUACGAGGGGAGUGGUUCCACUGCUGGAUCUUUGAGCUCUCUCAACUCUUCAAGUAGUGGUGGCGAGCAAGACUAUGACUACCUAAAUGACUGGGGCCCACGCUUCAAGAAACUUGCUGAUAUGUACGGGGGUGGUGAUGACUGAAUGCCAAGGUGGCCAACAGUGCAUUUGGACAAAUACAAAACUUUCCACUGGUAUUCCCAACAAGCGUACAGAAGCUAGGCUUUAACUUUGUAGUCUACUAGCACAAGUGCUUGCUGAAGGCUUUGGCAUAGGCUGCAAACCUAUUUGGGUUCACUGGGAAUAUCAGUCAUCCAAUGCUGUUUGGAAAAAAGGAAAACAACUGAGCUCAGUUACACUUGAAUUUUACAGUACAGAAGCACUGGGAUUUUAUGUGCCUUUUUGUACCUUUUUCAGAUUGGAAUUAGUUUUAUGUUUAAGGCUUUAAAUGGUACUGAUUUAUGAAAAGAUGAGACAAACCACAUUGGGGUGGGGAGAAAGAUCAAUCACCAAUAUGCUUCAACAUGCUUUUGUUACAUUGCAUUGCUUUUAUUAAGGAAAUUGAAAAGAAAAGAAAAAAAUCUCAUGG